UCAACGUUUUUGGCGACCGAUUUGAACACAAAAUUUUAUGACAACAACAGGAGAGGACGCUACUAAGAUUAUUCUUCAAAUAACACUGAUCGGAUCGAUUCAGCAACAUAUUAUUACAUUUUAUGUCCAUGUAUCCCUUUGAAGUGUUACGAUUAUCGAUAUUUAUGUCAGAAAAUCAUUUUUCAUUGAAGCACGAUGUCUGGAAUACCGGUUCACACAUUUUACCCACGCAUAAACAGUAACCAGUCUUCUUGUGCUGUUUUAAAUUUGGAGAAACGAAAUCAAGUUGACAUUGACCUCAGAUUUCGUACUCAGAGUGUGACAAGUACCCCUUACCACAAACGUAACUAUGGUCACCACCUCAACUCGCUGUCUCCGAGGAACGACAGUGGAUACACCUCGCUCAAUAGCUUUGGGAGUAGCGAUAAUUCUAGUCUACAUGAAUUUCAAACACCAGUGUGUUGUGCGCCUUUCCAGCAUCCUGGACGUCAGCUAGCCUUUACUCCUCUCAGUCCAGUCCCAUGUGAAAGAACUGUCGAGUAUCAUCCAUCAUUUUCUGAAGUCAGUAGCAGGCUAGACCCUCAAAAUGAUACUGAUUGGGAAAUGCGAGAUGUGAGUUUGGUUGACAAGCUUGAAUUUAGCCUGUCCUCUUACAGAUCUAUACCGCAAUAUAGACUGAACUUUGAGGGCGAAGAUGCCGACUGUUCAGAUGAUGGAAACAAUACUGACUUGGAAGAAACGUCAAGUUUUGAAGAACGAAUAACUGAUCCAAAAAUCCAAAGUCCGGAAUCACAGAUAUUGCUGACAGAUUCUCCACAUUUGCGACUGAGUUUUGAAGGUGACCAGGAAGUUUCGGGCGAAUGCAACUGUACAAACAACCCAUGUACAUCUAAAGGAAGUGAACUCAAAUCUACAUGUACCAGUGUGAGUGAUUCUAGUCUAGCAGACCGGUUCAAUGAAAUAUUGCAGAAAUUUUCACCGAAGGAACCGGAUCGUUUGAUAGGCCGCAAGAUGGGACUACUGUGUGUGGACAUAGUGUCGGAACUGUCCAUAAGGAACAUUUCUGCUCUAUCUGUGAUCUUUGACUAUUUAGAUCCCCAAGAUCUCUGCAGUUUCUAUCAAGUCAGCCAGGACUGGAAAUCCAUCUGUGAUGGUGACAAACAGGCGACAGAUCGUCGUGGCCAGUACCUCCAGCGACAGCAGAAGGCACAUGGCAGUAAGCAAGAGAAGGAAAAUCUAGGGAAGCGCCUAGAAUACCGGAUAGAGAGGGGUUUAACAGGAGGAGAACGUACCUUUGGCAUGCUACAACAGACAGUGCCUUCGUCAAGGGCCAGCAACACUCUGGUCCCACAGAACCUGUUUCACUCGGUAGCAUCAACUCUUGCCAACUACGAAAGCCUCCGGAGAUGUCCGAAGUGUCAGGGUCCAUCCAAAGUGCUGGAUGUUCAGGAAAGAGGAAUGUGUGUUCAGACUAAUUGUGGCUUUGAUUUUUGUGUGAAAUGUCUUAACAGUUUCCACUUUGAGAAAGCCUGUGUUCCGGCGUCUACGAAACGGUUAAAGACUUCCAUCGGUGGUCGCAAGAGUAAAAAUAACCUAAGACGCUUAUAGCAUUGGCUAAACCUUGCGUUGCAAGUCAUGAGCAAUCUCAUGAUUGAUGUUGAAAAGGUGCUAGCCAGAAAAAAGUGACAAUAAAAUGGCAGAUAUGGUGCAGCCUCAAGAAGGCAAUGGAUAUUUGAUCAGUCACAUGGUGUAGCCAUCUUCAGCUGACAGUACUAGUACAAGCAAUGUGAUUGGCUGAAACAUCUCAACAACUCCAACCCUGUCACACUGUCAUCAGCUGAAAGUACAAGCAAUGUGAUUGGCUGAAAUAUCUUAACAACUCCAACCCUUUCACACUGUCAUCAGCUGACAGAACAAGCAAUGUAAUUGGCUGAAACAGUGACAUCAGCUAAGAGUACAAGUAAUCUGAUUGGCUGAAACAGUGACAUCAGCUAACAGUACAAUUAAUGUGAUUGGCUGAAUCAGUUGCAUCAGCUAACAGUACAAACAAUGUGAUUGGCUCAUAUCAGUUGCAUCAUCAGCUGAAAGAGUGAUAUCUCAACAACUAAAAUCCAAUCCCAGUAUCAUCAGCUGCAGUUCAAACAGUGUGAUUGACAGAAUCAGUUAUAUCAUCAGCUGACUGACAGCACAAGCAAUGUGAUUGGCUGAAUCAAUGACAUUAUCAGCUGAUUGACAGUACAAACAAUGUGAUUGGCUGAAUCAGUUGUAUCAGCUGACAGUACAAACAAUGUGAUUGGCUGAAUCAGCUGUAUCAGCUGACAGUACAAACAAUGUGAUUGGCUGAAUCAGUCGCAUCAGCUGACAGAACAAGCAAUGUGAUUGGCUGAAUCAGUCGUAUCAGCUGACGGUACACGCAUUGUGAUUGGCUGAAUCAGUUGUAUCAGCUGACAGUACAAGCAAUAUGAUUGGCUGAAUCAGUUGUAUCACCAGCUGACAGUACAAGCGUUGUGAUUGGCUGAAUCAGGGACAAUAUCAAUACCUGACUGUCACAAUCAAUGUGAUAGUUUAGUUAGUGUUGUCAAGAUAUCCGGCAGUAUACAAAGUCCAUUAGUUGAUGCAACUUGAUGACAGGGAAAUGAUAUCCCUAACGCUAGCCAACACAUACUUACUAUGUGUCAUAGGAUGUACAGACUCCUGCCAGUACUAUGCGUAGUACAAUUUUUAUUUGUGCAAUCAUCUCUUCUUGUUGAAGAGAUAAAUACAGUAUCUUUUGAAUUCAUUUUUUAACAUAUUUUAUUUGUACCAUAAAUGAUUGGAUGAGGAUCACAUUGAUUUUAGAUUUACUGAUUUAUUUUUGCAUGAAGACAAAUCUGAUUUAUUUUCUAAUGGUAGACAAAUCUAUUCGUAUGAACUGGUAUUGCAGUAAUUUUGAUGCAUAGCAAAUUUUAAUCCUGUCCCUAAAAGUAAAUAACAAUUAGUAUUAAUAUUUUCUUAAGUAAUUCUUUUUGGGAAAAUGUUUUUGAUGCAUGAAAUUUUCCUUGUCUAUUGAUUUUUUUGGAACACUAUAUAUUCUUCCUGGAUGUAAAAGAGCUACAAAAUGCACAUUACAGUUUAUGAAAUGUGGUGAACAUUUUGAUAAUAUUCCUCAUUUGAAAUGCAUUUAAUUAAAUCCCAAAACAGUACAAAUUACAUUAUUUCUGAUCAAAUUUUAGCCAUUCCAUUAUAUAUAUAUAUAUAUAAAUGUAUAAAUACUUUUAUAUUCAACAAUUAUUUUUUAACUUCCGUUUAUUUUUGAUAUCGGCAAUAUUUGUUCGUUGUUCUAUCGGACAACUAUCAAUGUUAUGAUAGAAGAAAGAGAAAGAUUCUUCUUAUAAUUUACAAAUUACAUAUAUGUAUAGUUCAAAAUCAUGCAUGGAGACUGACAUUUUUGUCAGUUUUGUUAUAAAGAAAUGAAGAGAAAAGUAAUGUAAAUGUGAUGUACAAAAUAUACAGGCCCUCUGUAUGUAUACUUGUUGAAACAAGCAUUGUAGAUAGAUUACAAUGCUAGUUUAUAUAUAUAUAUACAUAGAAUGAAUGACAACUGGAGCAAGAUUAAAUAUUAUAAGAUUCAGGUUUGUAUAAAUGUAUAUAAGUUAUCCCGCUUGCCAAACUUUUGAAGACAUAUCAAUGUCCUUACAUCACCCAGUGUGUUCAAUAUGAAUUAUUCAUUGCCUUAAACUUUUUAUAUAUGUUUCAUGUGAACUUUUUUACAUGAUGAAAAAAUAAAGAAUUUUAAUUUAUUAAUAAAAA